AUGAAGGAUUCAAAAGAAAAACACGAAUCGACGACUGCGAUAGCAAAAGGUAAAGGAGGCGCCAGAACUACUAAUGGAAAGGAUGCGACAGCAAAAAGCGGAACUACCGGUGGAACCUCUUCCAAUACCACAGGUACCGCUACACUCACACCUGGAUCUGGCGGCCUGACUGCCGACAGUAAGGUCACGACACCUAUGGGUCAGGAGGGAAAUGCUACUCAGCAAAGCAGUACUGAUCUAAAAAACUCGAGAAAUAAUAUGAAUGAUCAAAAUGGAAAACAGGAACCUGGCGGUACACCAAGCGCCGGUAAACUCACAUCAGAUUCUACCAGACCGCCAACCGAUAGUGCGGUCAAAACACCACAGAAAAAGGGAAAGCGUGCUAAGGCCAAACGCACUCCUGCUGCGAAGGAAUCUAGACGGUCACCGUCAAAGAGUAAAGAAAAGAAGGCUAAAAAGGCUAAAACUUCCAAAGGUAGCAAGUUAAAAAAGAUAACCACUUUAUUCAAAAAACAUCGCCAACGUGGAAAAAGUAAGGACGAGCCCGGUACGGUGGGCUCGAAAACAAAAGUCGGUCCAGAAGCGCAACAAAAAGAUGUUGACAAAUCAAAACAGCCUCCGCCUGGUGAGGAGGUACAGGAGAGGAAAGAAGAAGGUAAACCAGGGCAACCAUCCCCUAGUGUGGGACUGCAAGAGAAGAAAGAAGAAGGUAAACCAGAGGGGUCAUUGCCUGUUGAGGAAACACAAGAGAAGAAAGAAGAAGGUGAACCGGAGCAGCCAUUACCUAUUGAGGGUCCUCAAGAGAAGAAAGAGGACGGUAAAUUACAGCAGCCAUCGCCUAGUGAGCCAUCACAAGAGAAGAAGGAAGAAGGUAAACCAGAGCAGCCAUCUCCCAGUGUGGGAUUGCAAGAGAAGAAAGAAGAUGGUCAAACAGUGGGGCCAUCGCCUGCUGAGCGACCGCAAGAGAAGAAAGAGGACGGUAAAUCUCAGCAGCCAUCUCCUAGUGAGCUACCACAGGAGAAGAAGGAAGAAGGUAAACCAGAGCAGCCAAUGCCUGGUGAGGAGAUUAAACUGCAGCAGCCAUCACCUAGUGAGGGGUCCCAAGAAAAGAAAGACGCUGUCAAGUCAGAGCAGCCAUUGCCUAGUGAUCAACUGCAAGAAAAGAAAGAAGGUAGACCAGAACAGCCAUCCCCUGGUGAGCUACCACAGGAGAAGAAGGAAGAAGGUAAACCAGAGCAGCCAUUGCCUGGUGAGGAGAUUAAACUACAGCAGGCAUCACCUGGUCAGGGACCACAAGAGAAGCAAGACGCUGGCAGAUCGGAGCAGCCAUUGCCUAGUGACCAAGUGCAAGAAAAGAAGUACGACGACAACCUAAUACAACAGCCGCCUGGUGAGGAGCCUAGGCAAGUACCUGAUCAAGCCGUUCAGCAACCACAGGGUGAGCAACAAUUUACGAGUGGACAAGCAGCCGUAGCUGCGGAGGCAGUUCCGCCUUAUCAGCAGCAGCAGCAGAUCAGCCAAGGACCUGUUCCGGCGAUUGAGAGCACAGCCGCCACCACUGUAGAAUAUCAAGAAGCAUCAGAAGAACCACCUUUAGCGUUAGCGUUUCGAGCACUGGAAGAACCAGGAACCGUGGGCGAGUCAGAGUACCAGAACAAGACGACGUACACAGCCAAAAGUGCGUCCCGCAGUAGAAGUAGAAGUCGCAGUCGUUCUCGUUCUCGUUCUACCUCACGAGUUCAGAUCCCGGAUCACAGACUGUCCCUUAUCGCACCUUUUGUUAUUCGCUCCUGCCAAACUGUACGAGUUGAUCCGGAUAGUGAGCAGAUAAUAAUCUGUUCAAGUAUAGUGUUACACUCAUAUGGUAUGAGUUUUGAUGAACGAAAAGAUGAGCUCAAAAGCCUUGUUAGAGCCCGUCCAGCCGUGGUGAAUGUGAAAACGAUGAAAGAUGAUGAAUUUCAAGAAGAAGGAACUGUGCAGAAUGUACUCAUUGGAAAACAGAUGAUCGUUGUCGAAAGGAAGACGAGACUUUUGAGAAGUGAACAAGAGAGCGGAUUACAAACCAACGAUGUGCGGAAGUACAACCGAGUGACUAAAGCCUGUGUCGAACCCUCCAACACCUGUCCAGAUGCGAAGAGAGUGGAAGGCGUCCUCAGUGUCAUGGCUCAAAAUGGUACGAUAAUAGAGGGAGAGCUGUAUGAAAAGACAGAGCGAGUUGUCUUCAAAAUAGGCGGAAAUGUAUUGAAAGCAUUCAAGAACAAGAAUAGACCGACAAAAUGGGAAAACGCAACUUCUCAGAAGGGAAAUGUUCAGUUCAAAGAGCGUGUUUUUGUAGACGACGACAGCAUCACCAUUGACCGCGAUACAAUCAUCGACGACAGGACUGGCUCUCUUUGGGAUCGAACAACUCCAAUUUAUAAGGAAGAGAAGAGAAUUUAUGACUAUAUGAGGAAGUAUCCCGAUAGAUCUCUUGUUUGGACCGAUACUCCUCCGCUCAAAGAAGACGUUACGCAGCAGAGCGAUGUAACCAGCGAACGAUCUCCCAUGCAGCCACAAGAACAGCAGGCAUCAGAAAAGGAGUCAGCCAAGGAACCGGAAAGGGUCCGUCGCCGUCGAAGUAUCCAGGGCGAGGAGCCACCGGCUGAACCAGCAACGCCAGAGCAGGCUGUGAAGUCUGAAGAAGGAGUUACUACUGCCAAAUCGCCUGCCGAAGGUGCUGAAGCCAAACCGGGAGCUCCCAAGGAAGGAGAGCUUGCGACCGCCCUUGCGCCUGAGGGUGCAGAUGGCAGAUCUGGAACUCCCAAGGUAAGUAUCCCAGACAGGCGAUUGAGUUCCCACUGUUCUCUACGUAGUCGGGAGAUGCACUCGUAA